ACAGGUGCAGGUGUUCAGUCAGGGAUCAAUAUGGAUUACGCAACGAUCAAAUGUUCAUACGAUGCGCUCUCGUGCCGAAAAUGGACUUUAUUUUUAAAAAGACAAUUCAAAUAUAUGUGAUGCACGUGCAUAAAAAAUAGUCAAUAUUUCCUGAGCUUCAGCCGUUUUCAGCGCAUAUGGACUACACGCCGCAAAAACGGUUCUCUUCUUCAGUAUUUAAAGACUCGGAAAUCGAAAGCAGUGUUUAUUUUGGACGCAUGAGAUGAGAGAUUGUACUUUCUCUGAAGGGUAGCGUGUGUCAGCGAGGAAAGCCCUUGGAUUCAGGCAGGUGAUGGACGGUUCUCGGCGUCUGAGCGCCUAGAGACCUUCGGCAUGGAUCGGGGCGAGAGCGAACGCGAGCGUCCAGAGGACUUCUCCGGCAGAAGCGUGGACCUUUCUCUCCUGCCCUAUCCCCUCCCUCACCCCGUCGUGCCUCAGCCGCACCGGUUCGUCCCAGACAUGAUCGACCUCAACCGGCUGCGUCUCCGUCGCGUGAUCCAGGUGAAGCAGGAGACGGUGAAGCCUCUCCCGCUGUGGCCCGCCUCCCCGCUGCUCCUGCGCUCCCCAGCUCCGUACUUCCCUCCCUUCCACCCCGGUCUGGUCCCGUUCCCGUUCCUCCGUCUCUCUCCGAACCCCUUCUACCCGGCCGAGGCCGUGCGCUUUCGCCGCAGGAGCCAAGAGGCCGGCAAACCAGAGAAGCUGAACGUGCACGUGGACGACAGCUACUACGUGGACGUGGGCGGCGACCAGAAGCGCUGGAAGUGCCGCAUGUGCGAGAAAUCCUACACCUCCAAGUACAACCUGAUCACGCACAUCCUGGGCCACAGCGGCAUCAAGCCGCACGAAUGCAGCCUCUGCGGGAAGCUCUUCAAGCAGCUGAGUCACCUUCACACGCACAUGCUGACGCAUCAGGGCACGCGGCCGCACAAGUGCAAGGUGUGCCACAAGGCCUUCACGCAGACCAGUCACCUGAAGAGGCACAUGAUGCAGCACAGCGAGGUCAAGCCCUACAGCUGCGGCGUCUGCGGCCGUGGCUUCGCGUAUCCCAGCGAGCUUCGCUCUCACGAGCUCAAGCACGAGCGCGGCCAGGAGAACGUGUGUGUGGAGUGCGGCCUGGACUUCCCGUCGCUGGCCCAGCUCAAGCGGCACCUGACGGCGCACCGCGGGCCCGUGCAGUACGACUGCUCCGAAUGCGGAAAGAGCUUCCAGUAUCCCAGCCAGCUGCAGAACCACAUGAUGAAGCACAAGGACAUCCGGCCCUUCAUCUGCAGCGAGUGCGGCAUGGAGUUCGUCCAGUCCCACCAUCUCAAGCAGCACACGCUCACCCAUAAGGGCGUGAAGGAGCACAAGUGUCGGAUCUGCGGCCGAGAGUUCACGCUGCUGGCCAACAUGAAGCGGCACGUCCUGAUUCACACCAACAUCCGAGCGUAUCAGUGCCACCUGUGCUACAAGAGCUUCGUCCAGAAGCAGACGCUCAAGGCCCACAUGAUCGUCCACUCCGACAUCAAGCCCUACAAAUGCAAGCUGUGUGGAAAGGAGUUUAACAGAAUGCAUAAUCUGAUGGGACACAUGCACUUGCAUUCUGACAGCAAACCCUUCAAGUGUCUGUACUGCGCCAGCAAGUUCACGCUGAAGGGGAACCUGACCCGCCACAUGAAGGUCAAGCACGGCAUCAUGGACCAGGGCCUGGACGCUCGCGUCUUCAGGAGACGAGGACGGCUCUGUCUCUCCGGUCCUCUCCGGAUCCUGUCCCGGGUCGGUCAGGAGGAGCCCUUCGAUCUGUCCCGGAAGAACCGGCCGGGUCUGUGUCCGUCUGACGGGAGCUCGGGGCGAGAGGAGGACGAGGACAGUCCGUACCGGGGGAGCCGCUUCAGUCCGGACCCCUACGAGAAGAAGAACCCGGACCCCGCGCCGUUCUACGGAGACUAAGACCAGCGCUUCUGAGGCCCCGGGACCCGUAGAAAUACUUCAAAAAAGAAUCUAAAUGACGCUCUUUAGCCUUUGAAUUCUUUUUUUUGGUCCCAUUUGCAGAUAUUUUAAGCAGAAAUGAACAAAAUAUGUUUUUUUUGUUGUUGUUGUUGCUUUUCACUUGUCCAGCAAACGCGGGAAUGUUUCGGUAUUUCUGCUGGAAAACCGGACGGAGAUGCCACAUCGGAAAAUGAAUUGCGGAGAGAUUCGUUUUUUUUUCCUGGGAAAAACGUACAGAAAUGCAGCCCAGUGCUUUUGAGGUCUUCAAACAAAAUCAGUUCAAAUGAGUUGAGUUUAGACUAAACAUGGUCAGGAAAAAUGAACUUAACUCAAAGGAAAACAAGAUCAUGUUUCCGUCUCCUCUGAGAGAUGUUUUAAGAUAAAUUUAGAAUAAUAAAAAUUAUUUUGCGUCACAAGGAGGCUGGAAAAAAAAUAAUUCUCAUGCGUUUUUGUUUUGUUUUCGUAUACAAAUAUAUAAAAAUUCUUGCAUCAAGAUACAUUUACUU